ACUUGGAUUGGACACUCGGCGAAGGCUCAGGGAGGAGUUGUGCAUCCUUUAUACGGUAUCAGGGCGCUGUUGUGCAGCUCUGAGGUUCACCUCUCCGUGAAAUGGUACAGUCCCGUUAGACGCAGUCAGAGUCCCGGGUUUGCAGCGGCUGCAGUUUCUUAGCGGACAUGACUAACAUGCGGAUAAAGUGCACUUUACCAUAGAAAACGGACAACAUAAUGAACUUUUACCGCCUGGCUAUUUUGCUGGGAGCAUCAGUGUGUGUGUGUGAUGGCGUGCAUGUCACAGUGCGGGAGAAGCAGCGCUACGCGAUGCUCUUCCAGUCCGUGGUCCUCCCGUGUCAGUACCAGACAGCCUCCAUCCAGACCCCGGUGGUGCAGUGGUGGUACAAGUCCUACUGUCGAGACCGCACGCGAGACUCCUUCACCCUGCCGGAGACUCUGGGCAUCACGGCCUCCGAGCUGGGAGCGAAGUCCCACCUGGAGUGCUCCGACAGCAGCCGCACGGUCCGGGUCGUGGCCUCGGCGCAGGGAGCCUCCAUGACGCUGGCGGAGCACUACAAAGGAAGAGAUAUCGCCAUCGUAAACAAAGCAGACCUGCGUAUCGGGGAGCUGCAGUGGGGCGACAGUGGCGUGUACUUCUGUAAAGUUGUCAUUGCUGACGAUCUGGAGGGGAAGAACGAGGCCCAGCUGGAGUUACUGGUGCUCGGCAGGACAGGUGAGCCGGACGACCUACUACCUGAGUUUGAUGUGGAGAUUAUGCCAGAGUGGGCGUUUGUGGGAUCUGUAGUCCUGGGCAGCCUCCUGUUCCUGCUGUUGGCCGGGAUCUGCUGGUGCCAGUGUUGCCCUCACUCCUGCUGCUGCUACGUCCGCUGCUGCUGCUGCCCUGACACCUGCUGCUGUCCACGACACCUGUACGAGGCAGGGAAGAUGGCAAAGAGUGCGCAGAGUGCUCAGGUUCCCGUGUAUCCCUACUACAUCCCCGGGGUUCCUACCGUGGUCUCUCUCGCACCUUCAUCCCACGUAGACCCAAAAAUCUCCUCGAUCCCCUCAGUGGAGAAUAACCUGGCUGGAGUGCGCAGUGGUUACCGAGUGAAAUCCAGUCCAGACCAGGACUCAAUGAGAGUUCUGUACUACAUAGAAAAGGAGCUGGCUAAGUUCCCAUCCGACAAGAUGGCUGCACUCAAACCCAGUAGCCUGUCCGAGCUGAGCUCCCUUCAUGACGGAGGGAACGCAGACUUCAGACACACCUACCAGACGGUCCAGAUGAAGGCGCUGCCGCCCAUCUCGGACAUCGACGACCAGUCGGUGCGGAGAGCAGCUCCACCCACGUACAGUCGGAGGCUGAGACGAGACCGAGGGAACCUCUCAGACGACGAACUGGACCGCAGGUGGAACCCGCGUUCAGAGCACCUGCAGAGGAAGACGUUGGGCAGAAGGGGGCGCACCGGCUCCCUGGAUGAGCUGGAGGAGUUCGCCCGGUCCUACGACGGUCGUGGUCGUCGCGGUCCGGAGGCUCCGGAGCGGCCCUACGAGCGGGACUACAGCCCCCCCAGGCGUUUCCACAGGGAUGAAGAUGACGGCUGGGGCCGCCGCAGCCCCUCGCCUCUGCCGCAAAAGAGGAGGGACACGUGGGACAGCGACCGUCCGUCUCGGCUGCCCCAAACCAGGGGCUACGACGACGCCUUCCUCAACAGCGUGUUGGAGAGCAAGGCGAGGGGGCGGGCUGGGGGGGACAGAGGAGGAGGAGCCGGGAGGGGGGACGAGGACAGUGACACUCCCUCCAAAGGCAGCUCCAGGGGAAAGGGCAGCGACAGUUACUACAGCCGGUCGCCUAGCAACCGCCCUGACGACGAGGACCCUUUGCCUCCGUACUCUGAGUGCGUGGCGGAGCGGUAUCGCAGGGGGGACCUGACCACGGACCGGUACCGCACAGCGGACCCCCCGCGACCGGACAGAUACAGGACCACUGAGCCGGCCACCAGGCCUUUCACGUACACCCGCCCCCUCCAGGGGGCGUCCCACACGCUGCAGGGCAGCAGAGAGGAGAGGGAGAGGGAGAGGAGCCGAAACCUGAGCACCGCACUGAGCAGAGGCUCACUCAUAGUGUGACGAGGUUUUUCCCAGCCUCCAGCCGCACGCCACUGCCAGUCCCUUCAUUUUUAACCAUCCUGCAGCAGCGCAGGAGACGCUAACUCAUCCAUCCUGGGCCACAGCAGCAUGAGCAGUCGUAUGCACUCGAUUUAUGGACUUGACUCCUGCAUAAAUUGCUGCAUAUGUGUGUUUUUAUACAUUCUUCAGAUUAUAUGCAUGGAGGCGGUUUGUUGAAUUUGAUGAGUUGAGUGACUGGACCUACACUGGUGCCAAUACAUUUUUUUUUUAUCAUUAUUAUUGUCAUUAUUGUUAUUAUUAUUUUGCCUUUUUCAUGAUAGACUUGUUUAACACAAAGCAGCCUCCAGACUUCAUACGUCUCCCACAUUAUUCUGCAACUCAGGUUCACUUUAUAUUUGCAUUUUUCAGGUGUUAAUUUGUACGUGACUGUAUGUAAAUACUGCACCUUGAAUUUGUUCUGCAGAUUGUAAUUGCACUGCUUAAUUACAUUUUGAAUAAAGUCAAUUUUGAAUAAAAAA